AUGGCUUCCACAGAACGCGCCCUGCCUACUAGAACGGCCACCAACAUGACCGACGAAGAUGCCAUCCCUGACGAGGACACCAGUGAGGUAACCAAGCUCUUCCACGAGCGCCUGCAAGCAUGGAAGCACGCAUGCGGGUACCUUGAGGACUAUGUCCAGGCCACUGAGAAGAUGCAACACUCUCACGCCAAGGAGUACGAGAAGGUGCUCAAGACUGUGUCGCAUCCCCUCAAGGAGGGUCACCACUUUGAUCAGAACCUGGGCGGUGUCGCUGGCAUCAGCGUUAGGNGCAUCUCCAACUCGCACGCCGAGACAGCAAAGACCCUCAAGGGUACCGUUCUCCCAAUCUUCGAGCGUCUCCACACCGAGAUCAAAAACAAGACCAAGGAGCUCACCAAGGGUGCCGGCAAGGGAGGCAAGCUCGUCGACAAGGCUCGCGCAACAUCGCAGAAGCACAUUGAGCUGCUCGGCCAGCACACGGCUUCCUUUGAAAGCACCGGUGGCAAGAUCAGCGCACAUGAAGACCCCUACGUCCUUCAGCGUGGUGUCUACCACCGCCUGAACAAGCAGAUCAUCGAGGAGAACAACAACCGCAACGAUAUCAUCGCUGUCCAGAACAGCUUCGCCCAGUUCGAGGCCCACAUCCUCACCACCAUCCAGAAUGGCUUGACCCAGUUCAACCAGGUUGUUGGUAACCAGGCCGAGCAGACUCGCACCAUGUACGGCAACAUGACCAGCACUGCUCAGCAGGUUGCCCCCGACUUUGAGUGGAACGGCUUCGUCCAGCGCAACAACCAGGUCUUGAUUGACCCCAACGCUCCUCCACGCACCAUGUCCAACAUCAGCUUCCCCAACCAGAACCACAGAGCUACCGAGCCCUUGAUUGCUGGUUCUCUGGAGCGCAAGGGCAAGUUGCUUAAGAAGUACGAGUCCUCGUUCUGGUGCAUCACUCCUUCCAGAUACAUGCACGAGUUCCGCACCGACGAUGACUUCGCAAAGGACCCUGUCCCUGAGACUUCUCUGUACCUGCCCGACUGUAUGGUCGGUGCCCUCGAUGGUCUUAAGUUCCAGGUCAAGGGCAAGGACGUUUCGGGCAGCAGCUUCGGCAACAAACUUUCUAUGGCGCACGAGUAUGCCUUCAAGGCACACACUCCUCAGGACGCCACGAAGUGGUAUGAGGCUCUCAGAAGCUCAACUGGCACCACCACCAACGAGCUUCCUCCUACCAGUCCUGCAGUCAGCAGACAGCCCAGCGCUACCAUCCCCUCGAGCGAGCACUCCUCUGAGCCCACCAAGGUCUUCUCUGAGGAGGACACUCGCNCCCAGACCACCGACGCUGCUGCCCUCGAGGCUGAGCGCAAGGAGGCAGCAUAUGCCGCCGCUGGACCCAACGACGGCGUCGCUACUCACAGCAAGGUGUAA